UGUGGCUGAACUCUGUCCCCUCAGUUAUGAUGUCUCUGUUUGUUGUUCUCUUUCUUGUCCCUUUAGUGUAUUCCCAAGAACUAAAGGACUUUAUAGUAGCACCUGCUUCACUAGCUGAAGCGCCAUACCCUGAAUGGGCCCACCACCACUGGGUGUGGUUGUCAAAUGAUAGAGCUAAUCAGUCCUCUAUGAUUGAAUAUGCUAUGGAAUAUCUCAAACAUGACAUAAAAGUAGGCGCGGUUGACCUUGACUCUGGCUGGUCCACUGGUUAUAAUAAUUUCAUAUUUGAUCCCAAUAAAUAUCCUGAUCCUGAUGACAUGAUCCAGACCUUUCAUUCCUUAAACAUCAGUGUCAUACUCUGGGCCACUUCAAUGAUAGACACUGACUCCUCUAAUUAUCAAGAUGCACAUGAUAAUGGAUACUUGCUAAGGAAUGGAGUUGAUGAAGAGGCCAUUCUGUCAUGGUGGCAUGGCAAGGGAGGAUUACUAGAUUAUACUAAUCCUAAAGCUGUUGAGUGGUGGCACGAUCAGUUACAAAAUGUAUUUGUGUAUGGUAUUGAUGGAUGGAAAUGUGACGGGACUGAUCCGUAUGUUCUUGAGAUUAUUGGCUCUCAUGGUAAAGGUGGCUAUGUGAGCAGGAAGGAUUACUCUAAUGCUUACUAUUCGGAUUUCUUUGAUUACACGCGAAAGGUACUUGGGAAGGAUACCCUCAUCAUGUCUCGGCCUGUUGAUGCUUUAGGAAAUGUAUUGUACUUGGACUAUAGCCCACAGCGUGUUGUUCUGUCAGGAUGGGUUGGUGAUCAAGACCCUACCUUUAAAGGGCUAGAGAAUGCCCUUAAGAGAUACCUUCAGUCAGCUUGGGCAGGUUAUCCUAAUUUUGGUUCUGAUAUUGGAGGUUAUCGGAGUGGUGAUGGGACUCUUGGUCGUACUAAAGAACUUUUCAUUCGUUGGGCUCAGUUAGGGUCUUUCUCUCCACUGAUGGAGAAUGGAGGGAACAAGGAGCAUCGCCCAUGGACUUUUGAUAAUGAAACCUUGAACAUUUAUAGAAAGUUUGUUGAUAUUCAUUAUCAGUUAGUGCCAUAUUUGCUUUCUGUUGGUACUAAAGCAAUUGAGACUAAUGUUAGUUCUAUCACACCACUGGCACCUCACCAAAACUUCAUUAAUAAGGCUGAAGAUGAAUUUUUUCCUUCUACUUACAAUUACAUGUUAGGUGGUGUCAUUUUGGUUUGUCCGAUAAUUAGCCAGCCUCCAAAAGUCACCGUUCAUUUCCCAAAGCCUGGCAACGGCUCAUCUGAAUGGGCUUAUUGGUUUGAUGAGAGCAAGCUUUAUUCUGCUGGUGAUAAAGUCACAAUUACUGAUACCUCCCUUGACGAAUAUACAGUAUUCGUUGCAGCAAAUAAAGUGUUACCACUCGGAGUGAAUGGAGGAAGAAAGAGAAAGAAAGGAUGGGAUCUGAAGUGGUACUUGUUCUUGUCGGGUGAUAGGAGGAUGGGAGAUUCAUUUCAGAUGAGGCAAUCGCAUGGAUCUGGCAUGAUAGCAUCUUACAGGUGGAUAAAUUCAUCUUGUAUUGAAUUCAACAUAACAGCACACAAGUCUUUUCGUUCAUACGUUCAAAUAAAAUCAAGAGACUUCAAAUUCUUAAAUGUAUUGGAGCUGCAAAUAGGAACAAGAGCAGGAGGUCAAAGUUAUAACUUUAUUCCAAACACUACGGGUCCUAAAACUAGUGCCAGUGCUGCAGCAAUUCAAAAUAAAGGAGAGGUGUCUACAGUUAGCUUUUUCCCUGAAAAAAAUAAACAAAAGUUGGGUCACUCUAUUUUAGUUGUCCUGCAAAAAGUUCGAGAAUAAUUACCUAAAUUUUUGACUUCUAAUUAAAUUAAAGUUACUAAUUUUUGUAAUUUUUUAAAUUUUUAAUGUUUAAUAGGUGUGGUAGCAAUCACGUGAA